GUCGGGUCGAUUUUGUGCUCGGAAAAUGGCUGCAUGAGAGAAAACUGCAAGUCGUAAUCGCGGAAAAUGUUUUAAUUGGACAGAAAAAUCAAUAAAUUAUUGAUAACAACGAUUCGGCAGUGACAAGAUUGCUAUCAGUGACUGUUCUAUCCAGGCCAUUAAUUGGAUUGCCAUCGGUGCAAUGGACGUCAACAAAGAUUCCUCCGGAGGCAGCGGUCCGGACAAGGAGGGCGGCAAGAGUAAUCUGAACCUGACGGCAGACGAACUGAAGGAGGAAGGCAACAAGUGUGUCAAGGCGGGGAGCUUUACCGAAGCGAUUCUGCACUACACCCAUGCCAUCAAGCUAAGUCCGAACGAUGCGAUUCUCUUCAGCAAUCGUUCGUUGGCAUUCCUGAAGCUGCAGCAGUACUACUAUGCCAACGAAGAUGCCGAUUCGGCCAUUGCUCUGAACCCGACCUGGGCCAAAGGGUACUUCCGGAAGGCCGAGGUGCACAUGAGCGUCGGGCAGUACGACACAGCACUGUUGUCCUACGCGAAGGCUCUGCAGUUGCAACCGCAGGACAUGGGCAUCAUACAGGCUGCAAGAAAGGCAGCCGACUUGAGCAAUCAAGACAUUGAGAAGGAAAAGCGGACGCCGGCGCUGGGUGCUGGCAUCGGGUGCGUCGUGGGAAUGCUAAUCGUUUUCGCCGACAUGUUGAUGACGGAUACACCGACGAUAAAAUACACAUCGCUGAUGGUGCUAGUGGUGCUAGUUGUUGCCGGUAUCGGUUUCGGAAUAGCCAAGAUGAUUCGAUACUACACCAAAUUGCAACGCAAAGGACUUUUGGAUCCACCGGUUAAUCUUCUAGAAGAUUUCCAAUCAACCAAAGACGCGGAGGAAACCGAGAACGGUGGUGUUGGCGAGCAGAAGCCACCCCGGAAUCGCUACUCCAAAGCUCAGGCUAGGCAGCGGUUCAAAAAAGGCAAAACAUAAUUCUCACUUGGACGGAACGUUCUACAAAAAGAAAAUCUUGAAUGCUAGUCCCCCCUGUCUUGGUGAGAACCGAAACGACCCGAUGCGGCAAAUAUCGAAAGUAGGUAAUUCCAGUUAAUUUGUCAUUUCUAAAAAUUCCAUCUUGCCUAGGUAUAUCAAAUUCAGACAGUCGAAUCACAAACAACAGAAGCAUUUUGCACCCCCUCCAAAAAUAUACAGCUUAGAAAGCACGAUUUUCUACAAAAAUUUCUGUAACACAGGAGUAGAGCGAAGAACUGGCCCAGGAUUAGAUAAAGGAAUUACGGUAUCUGUCGACUAGAGUGUCCUUCUUAAUUUUAAAAAGUAGUUGAAAAUUUACGAUGCGUUAGCUUUUAUUAUAACCACUGUUUAAAACUAAUUUUUACAUCCCGCGAUUACUUUUACUUUCCAACUCAAUUGUUAGGUGUUCUUUCUAGUAUGUAAUGGACAAGUGAUGGCAUUUUGAAUACAUUUUGUGAUAUGCAUAGCAGAUUGCUGCAUAUGAAAA